UCUUGCGCGCACUUUAUCAUUGGUUUUCCUCCUCCUCCUCCCCCUCCUCCUCCGCCUUCUCCUCCAUAGAAAUUUGCAACGGAUUUCCUCGAAGCUCAUUCGAUACAAUAGCGAAGAACGAGAACGGGUCGUCCACUGAAGUCGUCGGUGGCAAGAGUUUAUAGAAUUUAUUAAAGAAAUAUAUGGUCCACACAUAAACAAAAAUAGCAGAACUUCUAGGAUACGGAUUAUUGAAUUUGUGCUUGUAAAGCAGUGUUGUUAUAAUUUCUGUCAGAUUCACUACGUUUUUUCUUCUCUGGCCGCAGAAACUACUAUUAACCAGUUUAAGAGAUUCUCUCUACACACAUACACAGGACCAAUACCGAGUUGCUAUAGGGAAUCGUUGUCUAUCUGUACAUGUGUAUUAUUAACAUGUAUAGAAACCUGUCAAAUCUUUGGCUGAAUAAACCCGAUUCUCAAACGGACUUAUAAGACUAAUAAUUUUUUUUAUUUUUAGCAUAUUAUUAUUUAUUGAUAUUAUUGUUAUUUUCCAAACGAAGGAAAGGAAUUGUUGCUAAAUUUCAAUAAUUUUUACAAGGCUUUAGAAUGUUUUGGAUUCAAGUCCAUUCAGUUAUGUGAGCCACAUGGUGGGCAAAAAUGGCCUAAAAGACUGAAGUGGAAUACAAUGUUGGAGAGACUAGCAGCAGAUCAUGAGAAGAUACAGUGCUCAAGUGCAGUAUCCUGAUCCCACCAAACCUCCCUCUGGUGGUGUACUGGAUGUCAAUGAAGAUGGAGACAGUACUCGAAAAUGCAAGACAACUCAGUCUUUUGAGACUUUAUUUGAUAGUGAAGCCCUCAGUGAUGUGGUGCUUAAUAUCAACGAAGGUGAACUUACCUUCAAUGCUCACAAAAUGAUACUUGGCAUGAAAAGUGAGGUUUUUACACGCUUAUUAAACGAACUUACUGCAGUAGAUGACAGCCCCCGUCUAAUACUUAAAUUGCAUGUUGAUGCAGACUGUGUUCAAAUUUUCAGCCGAUUUCUAUAUUUUCUUUAUAGUGGAGCAGUAUGGUUACACCGAGAGUACGUAGUGCCAUUAUAUCGGCUAGCUGUUGAUUAUUCUGUAUGGCCUCUUAUUAGCCACUGUGAGAAUUAUAUAAUGCAAAUUCUUGAAAAGACUAUACAGUAUGGGUAUGGAACAGCAAGCUUCAGCAUUGAAGUGGUUAGUAGUUUAUAUGAAUCAAACAUUAUGCCGGGCCAAAUCCGAUCUCAAGCAUUCCAAGUUUUAUGUGUUUGUUUUACCCAGCUGUCUUGCAGUAAGCUUUGGUCUUCAUGUUCAUGGGAAAUGGUCCGUGACUUGAUCCAGAGUGAUGAUAUAAAUGCAGAUGAGGAUUGCAUCCUCAGUGCUGCGACUGGAUGGAUGAAAGACAAUAAACUCCAAGACAAGUCAAAAAUCCAGGAUAUAUUAGCAAAUAUUCGAUAUCCAAUGCUAAACAGGCGGGUAUUAUACCACCUGUUAAAGAACAGGGCUUUUCAAAAUUUUCCUUACGUUGCUGAACUUGUUGAUGGUGCUGUGAAAUACCAGUGUUUUAAAGACCUUGCUGAGGCACAUCACGAAUUUACUGGAGUUCAGUAUCAACGUAGGAAAGGACAAUUACCAAGGAGUUCACAAACUGUUGGCACAGUUCCACAUCAACAUAUACAAUCAGUGUGACCAUUAUGUAUAUAAAGUGAAUAUAUUAGUAACUAAAGUAUUGUAAAUAAAUUUUUAACAUACUGGAGUUGUA